AAGGUGCCUGUCAUUAUAUUUUCUCUAGAUUCCCGCCACCAGGUAAAGGACAAAAUCCCACGGGAGGAGAGUAUUAGAUUAGAUAACCGCACGAGUUGCUUGCAUGGGACCUCAGUGCAAGUUGCGAAGCGUAUUGACACGGACGUGUGGUCUCUCGGCGCACCGGGCCACAGUGCACGUGGAAUCGUGGAUUCUCUCAUUCAGUCUGCAGUAUUGUGUCGAUCAGGGGCGGAGGAGGGAGUGUAUUUUGUCGUACCGAGCAGCGCCUCCCCUCCCACAAAUCAAUACUCGGCGGUGUAGUUAUCCUAAAAGAAGACUCGAUGGAAAGUGACAGGGAAUAUUUUGUAAAUUAUAAAUUCACUAGAGGCUGAAAGCCACGUGUUGCGUUAAUUAACCUUCCUUUGUUAUUUUAGCUGUGAUAAAUUGUUUGAAUUUCAGCCAAAUUUUCAACUGUGUAGAGACUGAAACGGGAAUUAGACCGAAUUGUUUCGAAGGAUUUCUAUCGGCCCACAGACCAUUUAGAAAAGAUGAAUUUUCUGCUGCUGAUCUGCGCCCUGUGCUGUGCGUCUGUUUCUUCAGCGUUAUCAGAGCCCCCUGCGAUCAGUGACAACGAACAGAACGUCACCAGCAGUAGCUCCAUGAUGAUGGCCUUCUCUGGAGGAGGAGGAGAAGGAGGAGGAGGAGGAGGAGGCGGAGGACAUGCUCGGAGAAAGAGAUCGGUGUUUCAUCUUGUCCAGAUGAUGACCUGCGCCGUCCCCUGCAACCCUCUGGAUUAUAAAGGAUACGGGUGCUACUGCGGUUUCCUCGGGUCGGGAAUCGUCGUCGACGGUAUUGACAAGUGUUGCAAGGGCCACGACUGGUGUUAUGAAAACGCCCGUUGCAAAGGUCUAGACCACUACUUCACUCCUUACAAGUGGAAGUGUAAUGGGGGGAGUCCCUACUGUGUGACGAGGAAGGGUCCCAUAGGAGCUCCGAACAGCUGCGGGCAUCAGCUAUGCGAGUGCGACCGAGAAUUCGUCGAGUGCCUGAAGCAGUACCCGUGCCCGAAGAGGAGGGCAGUGUGCAUGACCUCUCCCUGGAGAAACAGUUUUCUCUUCACAAAAUUAGGAAGAGGCGCAGCGAUAGUCCUUCAGACGCUUUUGUAGGCAUCAGUUGCUAGAAGCUGACCUCAGAGUAGCUUUGCCUUGGCUAACUGUGCUUCUGCGGAUAAUAAAAGGUGAUAGCUAAAUACAUGUCCAGUGAGAUUUAUAUGUUAGAUUUAUUUAUUUCAUACAACGUCGUUGUCUCCUCGAUAAUGACAAAAUGGGACAAAAACAUAUUUCAGGAAUAUGUGUGGUACGUUUCGUGGUAAUUAUGUGUGACAGAGUUAACAUUUGUCAAUGUUUCAUAACUGUAAAUAUUACUUUUUUAAGUUUACUUUACUCAGUAUUGAACAUCACUUGUACCCUUAACCAUUGAUUUCAUGAGCUAGCAACUACCUCACUUAUAAUUUACUUCAUGAUUUCAUAUUAGGCAUUGAAAUGCAAUAAAUGCAAUCAAGAAAUUCUUUUAUGAUUACCAAUUUCUUUAAGUUUGUACUUUUACACAUUCAUGUACUUUUACACAUUCAUGUAUGUAUUCCAUCACUUUCAUUAUAUUCAUUAUAUUUAUUUCAGAAAGUUCAUUGUGUUUAAGUCAAGAUGUUCAGAAUGUUUCACCUAGGCGUUUAAUUAUAAUGAAUACCUGUAUUUUUUCUUGUAAGCUAAGUAAAACCUAAUACUAACCUCUACAAAUAUUGAAAUGAAAUUGUGUCGAUUUUACGAUAUAUGAACAUCUGAUUAUUUGUAAGAUGUUUUCAUCAUAUUCUCCAAUGCAUACAUGUAUUGAAUUCUUGCAUAAAUGAUGUUUGAUAAUGACGGGAAAAAUGAAUUGUCAUUAAAGAUAAUGAUUACAUUUAAUAUACAGUUUGAUCAUUAAAAGUUAAUCCAAUAUUAUAAAAAAUAGGUCGGAAAUUCUAUAGAUUAACAAAUCCUUUUAUUUUCUAAAUGACACCCAGCGCUAUGAUUUAAUAUUAAUAAGCAAUUACAAUAUUAAUGAAUGAAGAAUGAAAUGAUUAAAGUUAAUGGCAGUAAUUACUCUGAAAAUUUGCACUAAAAAUUGAAAUUACAUUUUCGACAGAAAUAAAAGGUUGUGUUUGAAGAUGAAAUAUUAAGAAAUGACUUUUACUCGACAAAAUACUAACCGAGAUUAAGCUGUAGGGCAUUGAGGACUGACUGAGAAAUCCAUUUCUCGAUCAGUCCGGUUCUUUGCGACGGGAUUAUUGGGCAUUAAAUAUUAUUUAUUAUUAUUAUUAUAGGUAUUUAGCAGUUAUAGAUUAUAUGUGUACUAUAUAUAUAUAUAUAUAUAUAUAUAUAUAUAUAUAUAUAUAUAUAUAUAUAUAUAUAUAUAGUAUAUAAAUUCCGUGUGUAUAUACUCCUGUAUUUAUAUAUCUAUCCACUUCAGUAUAAUGAUGCUGAUCCGUUGUAUGUUUCAGAUAUCUUGAGUAUAUUCUUGAACUGUAUAUAAUGUGUAUAAAAAUGUCAUUUUGUUUAAAAUAUCAUUAGAUAUAAUAAUAAAUGUUAGGAUAAGUGAUGUAUGUGUCCCAUUUUU